AUGACCUUGAUGCCUGAUGUCUUUGAUGACCAGUAUAUUGGGUGUACUGAGGCAAUGGAAGAAGCUGCCCCCAGACUGAUGGAAGUUGAGAUGAAAGUUCACAAAGCAUUGCGUGAGGAGUGGAACAAAGCAAAAGAAAAAUGGAAUAGCGUGAAGGAAUCUGUUGCCAAGGAUCUCCCCAAGGUCUUUAAGGAAGAAUAUGGAAGAGCGAUUAUAGGCUACUGUAGUGGUUUAUUGAAUCGAGAACUGAAUGAUGCAGUACGGCAGUCUGGGAGCUCCCGCGCUACCUACAACAGCAGUUUCCAUUUCAAAGCCUUUCAUUACUACCUGACAAGAGCUUUACAGCUCCUAAGAAAGAGCUGCAAUGUGACGUACAAAACACCAGUGUACAGGGGAAUCGAAGAAGUUAGGUAUCAGCAAAGCGGAUCUGAUAUCAUGAGGUUUGGAUAUUUUGCCUCUUCAUCUUUCAACAAAAUUAAAGCUGAAGAAUUUGGUGUUGACACCUUCUUCACCAUCCACACCUGUUUUGGAGUUGAUAUUGGGAAAUUCUCCUAUUUUGAAGAAGAAGAAGUGCUAAUCCCUAUCCAUGAGAUAUUCCAGGUGUUCCCAGGAGAUGUUGGGGACAACAGCUAUGUCCUCCGAAGCACCAACCAGACCUGCAGCCAAUUUAAUUGUGCCUACCUGGGGAAUGAGAAGAAAAAGAGCUGUGAAUACAAGGCUGCUUUGGGCCAAGGCAUCACCUUCCUCCUCCAGAUGAGCCCCGCGCUGUUUGGAGGAUCCAUUCUCCAGGUCAAUGCUGCUGCUCUCAAGCUGUUUGCUACUUUCUAA